GUUGAAUUGACAAGUCCCCGGCCUCGAUCCAUUUCCGGUAUUACCACCUUCGGGCUUUGCUCUCUCUCUCUCUCUCUCUCUCUCUCUCUCUCUCUCGUGGUGCUACGUGCUUUGGGCUUUGGUGGUACUCCUCUCUCUCCCCCCCCCCCUUCCUCCCCUUCUUUUCUCUCUCCCCCUCGGUGCUAGGUGCUUCGGGCUUUGGUGCUAUUUGGUGCUAUUUGGUGCUAUGUGAGCUUGGUGCUGCGUGGUUCGUGAGCUUGGUGAUUCGUGCGCUUGGCGCUACGUGGUUUGUGAGGUUGAUGCUACGUGGAUUGUCCUGCGUGCCACGUGAACUUCCACGUGGCUCACUGCAAUGUGGGCUUGAGCCGUUGUCCACUUCUGUGGAACUAGGACGGCUAGGCUACAUCGUGACCGAAGGCUUGCGCGUUGUUGGUUGAUCGUUGUCGGCUGGAGGCUUCGUUGGCAUGGUGCACUCAAGUUGAUUCUGUGAAAAACAGUGAAAAAUGAGGCUCUGCCACCGUUAACCCAGCCCGCUGCUUCUCCUUCAAGCUCUGGGCACUGCAAUGAUGGUGGCAAGAGUAUCGCUGCUGCCAGCCAGGAAACUUUGGUGCAAGUGAUUGUCUGCGUUCAGGCUUAGGUCAAUGAAUUGCCCAGCGACUGAGCACUCAGCUCGUGCAGAUUGCUGGCGUUGUUCAGAAGACCCUCUGGAGCAUUUGGGUGUCCAUGCUACUUACCUACCAUGAUUGGGGCAGUGCAGAGCAGAUCGGUCACUUCCAAUGUCUCACUGGCUUUAAGAAAGGUGAUUCAGAGCUCCUCCAUGUUAGGUUCUCUCGUAGAUGCGCGGGAGCUACUAUGUCUCUGUCAGAAUGCCCACUGGCCUCAGGGUGUCUGCGCAAAGAUGAGCCGAGCACCGUCAACACUCAACAGGAGAUAUGCCGCAUAUGCUUCUCCCGUGCAUGUCUGCCAUGAGGAACCCGAACGUCUGGCCAAUCUGCGGGAAGCGCGCAGUAGUAAGCAACGCGACUUUUUCAGCCAAUCAUCAAGGGGGUCCGCCUGGGCUUGCCACAGCGCUAUUGAGCGCUCCGACAGGUCCAGAAGCGGUAGUUGUGCGAGUGUGGGCAUUGUUAGCGGUAGGCAUGGCUUUCAUUCUGGUACAUUGGGUAAUAGAUGCCAGUUCAGUGAAGUUUGCGGGAGAGUGCUGAGUGGUUAUACCGGCAGGAGAGUGUACGGGCUCCAGGCUUUUGCUUCGCGUGCAAAUUCCUGUCGCAGAAGGAGACGGCUGUUGUGCUCGUGUUCCGCUGCUGAUCAGCCUGCGAGCAGCAGGGAAGAUUCACAUUCCCAAGAAGGUAACGAGGUUACAGAUAAGAAGAAUCAGAGGAUAGUUUUCCUAGGCACUCCGCAAGUGGCUGCUGGCGUCCUGGACUCCCUGCUGGAUGCAUCCUCUUUUGAAGAUUCGCUGUUUGAGGUGGUUGGCAUUGUGACGCAGCCACCAAGCAGUCGUGGUCGUGGGCGGAAACGAGGAACAUUGCUCCCGUCACCUGUGGCUGAGCUUGCAGCUGAACGAGGGUUAUCUUCGGAAUCCAUUCUUUCGCCAGAGAAGGCAUCUGAAGAAAAGUUUCUUCUCAGAUUGUCAGAGUUGUCGCCGGAUUUGUGCGUCACUGCUGCAUAUGGAAACUUGCUUCCUCAGCGAUUUCUCUCGAUUCCUCGGUGCGGAACCCUGAACAUUCAUCCGUCCCUUCUGCCUCUGUACCGAGGGGCAUCACCUGUGCAGCGUGCUCUAGAGGCCGGCGAGCGCGUUUCUGGAGUGUCUGUAGCAUUUACCGUGCUCGCAAUGGAUGCUGGGCCAAUCCUGGCACAGGAAGAAGUUAUAAUCGAUGACGAGAUCAAGGCACCAGAGCUCCUCGAGAAUCUCUUCCGGCUGGGAACUGCGUUGCUGUUGCAAGAGCUGCCUGCUGUGUUCAGUGGGGAUGCAGCGAAGAGGGCAAAGCCACAGGACCCCUCCAAGAAGACAACUGCUACGAAGGUUAGACCGGAGGAAGGACAGUUACUGUUUCACCAGGACGCUUGGGUCCUUCAUAACAAAGUGCGAGCGUUUGCGGCCUGGCCAGGGACAAAGGCGACUUUCAGAGUUGAGCGGGCAGAUGCAGCGGCGAGCAACGGAGACAACACCGACGAGCUCAUUGUCGUCAAAAUUGUCACUACACGUGCAAAGAGACCGGAGAAGAUGGAAGAACAGACCACAUCGAAUGCUGCAGAAGGAUGCGAAGAAGACCUAGUCCGGGGGGUAGGGAGGGAAGUGGUGUUUGCAGAGGAUGCACUCAAGGUUCGGUGUAGGAAUGACUCGAUUCUUGAGAUUCUAGACGUGCAGCCCCCUGGGAAAAGAGCGAUGACAGCAAAAGAUUUUUGGAAUGGUUUGCGAGGAUGUCGCAUCUUCACGGUAGAGCAGACUGAGGUCGUAAACCUGUCGGCAGCAGGAGGACAAGGAGGAGGACAAGGAGGUGCUGCGCAGGAAGUGUUGGCAGAAAGGAAAUUGUGACCAGGAAGAUUUCUUUCUGCAUGCGGAGGCAGUGUAGCGAUUAAACCUUUUUUCUUUUUUUUAACCUGGCUUCUUUUGUACUAACCUUUAUCAUGGAAGUCUUAUUCUUAUCAAUCAAUCAAUCAAUCAAUGUAUGCCGGCUUGCCAUGGAUGGAUGGAUGGAUGGAUGGUCAUGAACUCCCAUAGGGACCCCCCCAAGAGUAUUUCAUAAUUUUAUCAGGAACUGCAGAAAAUAAGUUUGUGGUCGUGUCCCAGUGUGCCGAUCCCCUGCUGUGCACCCCACUGUGCUCAUGUUACGGUCGUCGGUCUUCCCCUGAGCAGAACACAACCGGACAAUGAAUCUAUAAAAAGCUA